UAGUUUAGUAAUGUGAAAAGUAUCAAACGUAUCCAUUGUUGUUCAAAAAUAUUCUGAGAAUUUUCAAGCAAAAUGAGUAUGAUACCUGAAAUAACACCUGACCAGAUUGAUGACUGGUUCAGGAUUGGUAAGAAGACAGCAAAGAUAAAGACCGUACCGAAAAGUUCGACUGGGGGAAGAGCAAUUGACCCAGAGACGUUGCAGCCAAGAGUGCCACAACAUCAACAUGUACCUCAUUAUAAAAGGAAGCCAGACUUUCAUGGAGGUCAUGAUUACGCAGAAGAAUAUCAGAGAGAAGAGGAUGAAAAGCUUAUCAGUAGAUCAGCUUAUUUUGCCAGUAAUGACACCAUGUCUGUGGUCAGUAGUCACCUGGAAGCACUGGAAUUGGACAGCACGAUAGCGGGCACAGAGGUUUUACCAUCUGACCUUGCCCCAGAAAAUGCCACUCAGAUUUACGGAGUUUACAACUUUCAUCAUCGUUAUGAUGACAGACUGCCAAUAUCGAGAUUUAAAGAACAGGUUGUAAACACCAUAGAGAGUAACCAGGUGACCGUGAUCCAGGGAGCCACAGGGUCUGGAAAGACUACUCAAGUUGCUCAGUAUAUACUUGACUACUACGCUAGACAGAACCAGUACUGUAAUAUCAUCGUGACCCAGCCCAGAAGGAUUGCAGCUAUCAGUAUUGCUAGAAGGGUCUGUCAGGAGAGGGGUUGGCAACUAGGCACCGUGUGUGGAUAUCAGGUUGGAUUAGAUAGAGAGGCAGGGGAUGACACUAGAAUUCUGUAUUGUACCACAGGGAUUCUUCUAAAUAAACUGAUCAAUGAGAAAAAUAUGCACAAAUACACCCAUGUCAUCUUGGACGAGGUACAUGAACGUGAUCAGGACACAGACUUUUCCCUUCUUGUUGUACGUAAACUGCUGCGUACAAAUUCCCGUCACACAAAGGUGGUUCUUAUGUCAGCAACAUUUGACUCGGAGAUGUUCGCACAGUAUUUCGCCAUGCCGGUCAGAGAUCGUCUGGAACAAGCUCCCGUAGUGGACGUUGAAGGAAAACCUUUUAACGUUAAUGAAUACUAUGCUGAGGACCUUAUCCAGCUUGGGCCGGUACCUCCACUGGAGGAAAGUGAUCCACACAUUACUCAUGAAGCUCGUAACCUGGCUGUGGAACUUAUUCAGCAGUUUGAUAAACUGGAGGAAAAGGAGCAAGGGCUUAAUGAUGCCACAGGAUUUGCACCAAUCAGAGGAACUGUUCUUGUGUUUCUGCCAGGUUUAGCUGAGAUUACCUCCCUUGAAGAAGCUCUUUUUAAACUCAGUGCAAAACAUCAGUUGCGACUGAUUCCUCUUCAUUCCACUAUUACAAUGGAAGAGCAAGCGCAGGUAUUCAGUCAGCCGAGUACUGGGUUCAGGAAGGUGAUACUGUCCACAAAUAUUGCAGAAAGCUCCAUUACAGUGCCUGAUAUCAAAUAUGUGAUAGACUUCUGUCUGACAAAGAAUCUCGUCUGUGAUUUUGACACCAACUAUACAAGUCUUCAGAUACAUUGGGCAUCAAAGGCAAACUGUACUCAAAGGAAAGGUCGUGCUGGGCGUGUGUCUAAUGGCCGUGUCUACCGACUGGUUACAAGGCAUUUCUAUGAAAACCGUUUACCAGACUACAGUACACCAGAAAUGCAGAGAUGUCCACUAGACAAGCUGAUAUUACAAGUAAAAGUUCUAGAUCUUGGAGAACCAAAGGCUAUCCUUGCACUGGCAUUGUCGCCACCAAAUCUGGAUGAUAUAGAAAGGAAUAUACUCGUGCUUAAAGAGGUUGGUGCUCUGUCAACUCAAGGGUACGGCAACAGGCAUGAUGGAGAACUGACAUUUGUUGGUCGAGUUCUUGCAGAACUUCCGUUGGACACUAAGAUCGGCAAGUUGCUCAUGCUCGGCCAUGUGUUCGGACUGCUGGAUGAGUGCCUGAUUAUAGGGGCAGCCAUGUCCCUGAAGAGUGUGUUUGCUCAACCAUUCAAGCUUAGACUUGAGGCCUACAGACACAAGUUAGAGUGGGCUAAUGGCUCUCAGAGCGACUCGAUUGCUAUACUCAAUGCAUACAAGACAUGGGAAAGGAAGAGGGAGCAGGGAGAGUUUAAGAGAGCUGGAGGUGGAGGUGAAGUGGGAUGGGGUAAACAGUACUAUCUACAGAUUCGUAGACUGAAAGAGAUCCAGGUGCUGAUCAAAGACAUUGAGAAGAGGUUGAUGAAGUUCAACAUUAUCAAACCUCAGCAUGCUCCUCGAUAUGUCAACAAACUCACAGAUGACCAGGAAAAACUCCUGCUCAAGGUAGUCUUAUGCGGAGCUUUCUACCCGAACUACUUUGUGAAAGGUGAGAUAGAUGAGAUGGAAUCUCUCAAGUCACUGUCGGGUAGAGAUCCUCUAAACACUGUUAUGGUGAAAGGUUUGCCAGCCAAUCAGGGAACACUGUACAAGCAAGUAGUGGAGGACAUGUUCCGUAAAUGUGGAGCCAAUCCUAAAGCUUACUUUGAGGAAACAAGGGCUUACGUAGAAUUCCCAUGGAGGUCUAACAGAAGGUCCAAGGUACACGAAGCAGUCUAUAUGGCUCUAAAAAUGAAACAGUUGAGAAUGCCCUUGUUUAUUGACCUGUACUCACCAGAAGAGGCGAGAGCGAUGUUGCAGAGGUUACAGGAUGCUCAGGACAGAGUGACCCAGUCUGGAGGUCUUAGGACUAACAGGCUUACUGCCACUGGUCAGGUUACUGAGGAACCAGGCACUAACCGAGUUGCUGUACAAGUCAGUCCUCCCGACCCGGCCAAGGACGUUGUCAGUAUCAGUAUAACAGAGGUUAUUGAAUGUGGCCAUUUCUGGGCUCAGUAUGGUGAGGAGGAGAAUUGCAGAGCCCUGUAUCAGGUGCAGGAGGCGCUGAACAAAGACCGAGGAUACAGUUUGAAGCCAUUGACUGGUGUGGUACGUGUUGGAGUGUUCUGUGUGGCCCCCUACAUGGAUGAGACUUUGGAAUAUUACAGGGCAAGAAUACAGUCAGUGCAGAACAAGUUUGAUGAAAGUAUCAGAGCCUACAGAGAGUGUGUAGAGGUGUUCUUUGUUGACUAUGGCAACACAGCAGAACUGAGGAGAGAAGAACUGAGGGAAUUGCCCUCACAUUUGCUCAGAACACCAUUCCAGGCUUUUGAAUGUCGACUGAUCAAGAUUCGACCUUCACCCAUCAAGUGUCCUGAUGGAAAGUGGACAUACGCAGCAACAAAUGCAUUCACAGAAAUGGUGCUCAAUCACAAACUGAUUGCAAGGCCAUUUUCAGUUAUACAUGGCGUAUUACGUGUUGAUCUUAUCCACAUCACGCAACAGUAUGGUCAGUUCUAUGUAGGGCCCAAACUUGUUGAGAUGGGGUUUGCUGAUGAGGCAGAAGAAAGCACUCUGUCAAAGCAAAAUCAUGAGCAGAGAUCAGCAGAAUACAUGAAAGCAAGAAAUCUUCUUGGACAAGGUGCUAGACAAGGGACAGUGUUAGGGGAACCUAGAGCUGAUUGGUUAAAUGUUUCGUUAGGGGCUGGUGGUGAUCUUGGUGCUAGGCAGAAAGGAUCUAGGGUGAAUUUAACAGGACCAACCAAUCCCUAUGAACUAAGCUUCUACAAUAUGACAAACGUUGGAAGACUCAGGGCAACAAAGAUCGAGCCAGACAGUGUGAACUCUGUUACAAUUGAUGAUGAACCACAUGACCCCCACCAGAGAAUGAUGAUUUCGGGCUUUGUUGGAUUGAACCCUAAUGGUUCCUCAGUGGUAGCCCGUGACACAACAGUGAUGCCACCCAUACCAGGACUCCCAGCACUCAUCUUGUUGAUGUUCACACCUGUAGCAGAAUUUAGAGUUGAUCCACAAAAGACGAGAUAUAUUGGUGCAAUUUGUGGACUUGGGACAGAACCUGUAUAUGGAAAAUCAGUGCUACCAGACCAUGAUAUAGAACUGCCAUUUGAUGUGAAAUUCAACCAUGAAGAUAUCUAUAAGAUAAAUGGUAUACGUAUGGCCAUAAACUUUGCAAUAGGAAACCAGACCCAAGUUGCUGCCUGGGGACCAGACGCUGUGUGUAAAAUACAGGACAGUGCAAGGAAGAAGAUAAUGGAUUUGAUCCAGAAACGUCGAGAUCCGUGCGAGGUGAUCACACCACAACGCAUGUACGUAUGGAACCAGGUUGAUCAGGAUGAUAUUCUUCCACACAACGUAGAUGUCGGCGAUGCAGCACAACUUCUCAACUUACACAGUGGUAUACAACUGGAGGGUGGAGACGAUUCUGAUGUUCCGGAGAUGACAAAACAGAAAGAAAAUGUGCGAAAACAUCUACAGUUCCUCAGACAAGUUGUUAAAAGUAACACAAAGAGGACUCCUACAUUAUGUGAACUGUGCAAUGUCACGUGCCCUACAACGCAGCUUCUCGCUCUACAUCUGGAAACUCAGAUGCACAAACGGAACGAAGAUAAUUUCACAUGAAACAGAAACACUUGGAUGAAGGACAGAAUAUAAAAGAAAUGUCUGAAAGCAGAGGGACAGUCCACAUAAAUGGAGGAAUUCAUAAAUCUGCAGUGUUUCCUUGAAUCAAACAGACUCAAAGUUGAGGAGAAAUAUCUCUUUAAGUACAGACCUUGUAUUUUGUUUAAAAACUAGCAAAGCAGCUGUGAUUUGAAUUGUUUUUAAUUGUGAAUAGAGUCUUUAAAGUCAUGAUCUCCUAUAGUAGUUUUACCAGUUUUGAUGCCAGAACAGUUUACAUGUCUGACAAAUGGUGCUAAUACUUAUGUUUCUAAAACUGUACCCAAGCCAGUUUAGCUACUUUCGUAAACCAAGUCUUUAGUUUUCUUUAGUUAGCUUGUUCCUUAAGCAAAGAAGUUUAGUUAUAUUGUUGCUAAAACAAAUGACUUUUGUAAUAUUGUUCCUGAAAUUAGCAACUUCAGUUGUAUUGUUCCUAAAACUAGUGACUUUAGUUAUGUUUUUCCUAAAACAAGUGACUUUAGUUAUAUUUUUCUUUGAACAAGUUACUUUAGUUAUAAUGUUGCUAAAACAAGACUUUAAUAGUAGAUCCUAAAACAAUAUGGCUUUAAUUAUAGUUUUCCUGAAACAAGGCAACUUGAGUUAUGUUGUUCCUAAAACAAAUUUCAGUUAUAUUGUUCCUAAAACAAACUUCAGUUAUAUUGUUCCUUAUAUUACUCCUAAAACAACAAACGUCAGUUAUAUUGUUCCUAAAACAACAAACGUCGGUUAUAUUGUUCCUAAAACAACAAACGUCGGUUAUAUUGUUCAUAAAACGACAAACUUCAGUUAUAUAGUUCCUAAAAUAAGUCACAUUAGUAAGGGUCACUCAAAAUUCAUUUUUGAAAGACCCUGCUUUAUCUAAUUGUUCUUAAAACAAGUUACUAGGUUUGUUUUUUUCUAAAACAACCACAUUGAGUUACAUGGUUUCUAAACAAGUGACUUUAAUUAUAUUGGUUCUAAAACACACAGCUUUUGUUAUAUUGUUCUUGUAAGGGAACGAAAUAAACUAUUUUAUGUUAGAAGUUAAAGAUUUUAUCUUAUUACAGUAUUAGUUUAUUGUAAAUGGCUAAGGAAGUCAUGUUUAUGUCUUUGUAAAUAAAUUAUCUGUUCAAACUGUCUCUGUCUUUAAUGCUACAAGAAUAUAUACAGUGCAACUUACCUGGGUGGAUUAGGGGUUAGUGUAGAGGGAGUGGAGAGAGCAAAAUUUUCAGAUGCUUUGAAUUUUAUAGAGGAUACUUGUUUGUUUCAGUGUUAAAUCAAAAUGUUUGUACUAGUUGCAAUAUUGCCAUGGGUGGUGUGGCAGUGACUGCAUAGUGCAUUUGCGACAGCAACUUUCAAAGCCUAUUGCAAUUAGAGAAACCUUUAGCGAACAGCAUGGAUCCUGACCAGGCUGGUCUGGGUCCAUGCUGGUCGCAAAUGCACUAUGUUGGUUUUCUCAUGGUGCAGCUCAUAUUCUGAUCUCAUAUCAUUUUCUUUUUACCUCAGCUAUUUGAAGACUAGGUCCAGAUAUUACACUCAUCCUUUCAUCAGUGUCCUGUUUUGGUUAAGUUUUUGCAUGCAAGUUCUUUUCUAAAAGAACAACUAGGGGAAAUGGAUUAAAGAUUCACAAACCUGUUCACUAUCAUGACUCAAUAUGCACUGCACAAACUUUUUUUUGGCUUUUUUACAAAGAUGUCUUUUUUUCUGAACACUUUUUGGUCGGGUUUCUUUUGUAUGCACCCUUGUUUUUCAGUAACCACUAAGGGAAUAGAUUGAACCUAUACACACUUGUUUACUGUGAUGACCUGACAUGCACUGCACAUGUUUCAUAACCCUUUUUUUUUUUUUUUUACAAAGUUAUAACCCAUUUUCCACUCAGCAUUUUUUGUUAAGAUUUUGUAUGAAAGCUUGUUGUAAUGAUAUUAAAAAGAAUGGCCGCAUAACUCUUGUCUUGAUAUUUCACAAAUAUUAUGCUCCCUUUUUCAGCUUGUCAUUUUUUCAUAUGAUCUGUUAUUUCAUUAAACAGUGUAAGAGAUUAAAGUUUUUUUUUUAUUAAAAUUGUUGCCCUUUUUGUGCUUGUUUAUGUUUUCAUUUAUUUAGCAUAUGGAAAUAUAAAAAAAGCGACUUUAAAAGUCAGGGACCCAUUUCAUAAAAGUUCUCUCCUAAGCAUAAACUUUUAAAACAUUUAUUCCAUGGGAUAUAAUUUGUAUCCUUUAAAGAAGAUGUUAAUUCACUUUGAGGCAGAUCACACUAUUAGCCUGAUUUGCUUCAAACUUUCACAGAUGAACAAGCUUGAUGUGCAGAUGACCUAUAAGGAAAACGUUUGCUGUGUCUUUUUAGCUCGUCUGAUUUUUUUGGGGAAAAGAGAUUAGUUAUUGUCAUCACUGUCGGCGUUGGCGUUGCCUGGUUAAGUUUUAUGUUUAGGUCAGCUUUUCUCCUGAACUAUCAAAGGUAUUGCUUUGAAACUUGGAACACUUGUUCACCAUCAAUAGCUGACCCUGUACAGCAAGGUACAUAACUCCAUCCUGCUUUUUGCAAGAAUUAUGGCCCCUUUUGGACUUAGAAAAUAUCAGAUUUCUUGGUUAAGUUCUAUGUUUAGGUCAUAUUUUUCUCCUAAACUAUCAAAGGUAUUGCUUUGAAACUUGCAACACUUGUUCACCAUCAUAAGCAGACCCUGUACAUCAAGAAUUGUAACUCCAUCCUGCUUUUUUCAAGAAUUAUUGCCCCUUUUGGACUUAGAAAAUCAGUUUUCUUGGUUGAGUAUUAUGUUUAGUCAGCUUUUCUCAUAAAUUAUCAAAGCUAUUGCUUUAAAACUUGCAACAGUUUUUCAUCAUCAUAAGCAGACGCUGUACAUCAAGAAACAUAACUCUAUCCUGCUUUUUACAAGAAUGAUGGCCCUUUUUAGACUUAGAAAAUCAUGGGUAGGACAAUAUUUCUAUUAUACAAAAAAAAAAAUCAGAUGAGCGUCAGCACCCGCAGGGCGGUGCUCUUGUUUUAAUCUUAUGCUCAUAAUGAUGCCAUUUACAUGCUCGAGACAGUACCUUAUUAAUUUUUUUCACAGACGUCAUUUGAGAUUUCACAUUAAGGUAAAAUCGGUGUUGAAUAGUACAUUACUAGGGAUGUUACUUUAAACUUCGAAAGACAAGUGGUCAGCAUUACAAGUAAAAAAGUCUUUUCUUUAACACCAUGCCUAAAAUAAAAUUACUCUAUUAUAAAUCAUUUAAUGAAGUAAACAAAUAAUAUGUCAUUGAAUAGAAGUCCAGAAAAGUUUUUAAGCAACAUUAGUAGUUACUAUUUUUACACAGCCAUAUAAUGUGUCAUUGAUAGACCAUCACACUUUGUAGUUUCACUCCCUUAUAAUGUCAUCAUUACACAUUGUACUCUCAGUCCAUUGACAUUUGACUCUUGUUCAUCAUGUUAAUAUUCAUUAAAAAAUUUGUUUAUUUGAUAUUUUUGAAAUUUAUUGAAGUUGUAAUUUUCUUUAAAAGAAUAAAUGGGAAAAAUAGCUCUACAGAA